GGAGCCCCUCCCCCACCCGUCACUGGCAGCACGGAGGCGCGCCCGGCGGCUGAGUGUGUGGGACAGCGGGGGCGCGCAUCUCCCAGACUAGCUCCCGCGGCUCGGCGCGCGUCUCCGCGCUGGUCUUUCUCCUCCGCUCUCCCUCCGCGGUAUAGCGGGGCUCCUGGGAGGAGAAUGUGCUGAGGGGAAUAUGGCGGAGCUGCUGCUGCUGGAGGAAGGGAAUCCAGGAGGCCGGCGGGCCCUGCUGGGCAGCGAUACGAAUUGGGAACGGGCGGCCGACUACUGCGAGUACAACCACAUCCAGGAAGAGGCCUCGUGAUCCAAAAAUAAUGGAAGACUGUCUUCAUACCUCUUCAGAAAACCUCUCCAAGUUGGUGAGUUGGGCCCAUAGCCAUGGGACCAUUUGUAGCCUUAUUCCAAACUUGAAGCACUUACUCUCUGAGGGCUCCCAUGGCACCCUUACAGCUAUGUGGGGAUGUAGUGCUGGGCAUGCAUACCACUGGCCAUUGACUACAACAUGUAGGGCUGGUCCUCAGGAGAGAGUUUGUUUUCAGGACAAUAGAAGCUUCAACUCGGACAGUCCUAGUAUAAUUGGUGUGCCCUCAGAGACUCAGACAAGCCCUUUGGAUAGGUACCCUGGAAGACCAGUAAAAUCAAAGCUUGAUUGCAAUAGAACAAGAGACUCCUGUGACUUUUCCUACUGUAGUGAGCCUUCAGAACUGGAUGAUCCAGUAGAAGAAUAUGAAGACGAAACCACUUUGUUUGAUAUGGUGUGUGAAUCUUCAGUGACAGAUGAAGACAGUGAUUUUGAGCGCCGGGCACAGCAAUCACCUAGUGUUUCCCGCAAGAGGCCCAGUGGUGUUCUUAGCUCAUCUCUUUCAGGGUCUCAGUCACAUAUUGCUGAUGAGGACAGUGCUGAUGUAAUCGUGAAAAAGAUUAAACAGGAGACCCCUGAAGAUUAUUACAUUGUUGCUAAUGCAGAAAUCACUGGUGGAAUUGAUGGGCCAACAUUGUCUCUACAGAUGACCAAGACGAAGAGUCAGACUCCUGCAGCAUCUGCUUUUGUGGGACCAUCAAAACCACCCAGCAGUUUGCCACCAUCACUAAGCAAUGAGCUAGAAAUGCAGGCUAUUGCACCUUCCCCGUUGGUCCUACAAAGACCUCCACCCCAGAAGCCUGUGAGACCACCAAUGCCCUCUCAAAGCAAAACACUAUCAAACCCUGCAGUUGUCAAUCAACAAAUAGGAAUACAGAUGCCAGUGAGUACAUCCACAGGAAACCCCAGCCAACCUAUCAGCAUACCCUUAUCAGCACUUCAAUUGCCAGGGCAGGAAAAACAAGAGGUGUCCGAAGAACUCUUUCCACCUGUACUGAAGCCAGCAUUAUCCUGCGACAUAGCACUCUCUCCAUCAGUUAGUGCUGAGCCCGAAGUUAGCUCUAGCCAGCAGCAACCAAACACCAUCCCCAAUAUUAACUGUGAGGCAGCUGGGCAGUCCAUUCCAGCUUACUCAACCAAGUUGAAUAGAUUUCCCAUCUUUCAUUUUCAUGAUGACCUUAAGGAUCUAUGUAUCAGCGCAGUGAGCUCAAAUACAACCAAAGCCACCUUGUACGCGUUAAACGUGUGGAGAUAUUGGUGCAUGACAAGAGGGCUUAAAGACUGCAUGGACUUCACCAAGGUCCCUGCUGUUAAGCUGAAUGAGCUUCUGGAAGAUUUCUAUGUGACAGUAAAAAAAACAGAUGGAUCAGAUUUUCUGGCAACAUCCCUCCAUGCCAUACGCAGAGGCUUAGAUCGUAUCCUGAAGAAUGCUGGGGCUGGAUUCUCUAUCACCAGCAGUGUCUUCAAUUCAUCCUCCCAGAAACUAAAGGAAAAGUUGAGAUUGCUCAAUAAAGCUGGAAUGUCAGGCUCCCGCUCCCGCAAUAUUGUCUACUUCACGCUAGCAGAUGAAGAGGAGAUGUGGAGAAUUGGAUGUCUUGGGGAUGAUGGGCCUGUGCCCCUGUUGUCAUCGGUAGUUAAAUACAACAGUCAGUUUCUAAACAUGAGGACUUUACAGGAACAUGCAGAUCUAAUGUAUGGUGAUAUUGAGUUACUCAAGGAUGCAAAUAAUCAACCUUUCUUUGCUAGAACAGACAGUGUAAAAAGAGACAAGCAAGCAAAUAUAAAUAAGAUGUGUUAUGGACAGAUCUACCAUGAACAUUCAAAUGGACACAGACGAUGCCCCUACUGUCUUCUAUAUAAGUACAUGUACAACCAUCGCCCACCAUCUCAGAUGGAAGUAAACUCCCCGUUUUACCUAACUGCUCGGAAAGAAGUCAGUGGAAUGGAAACAGUCUGGUACGAGGAGCAGAGAAUGGGUCUUAGGUCUUUGCGUGGUGUUGUCCCAAAGCUGGCAAAACGUGUGAAGCUAGAUCAAUGUGACAAUUACACAUUUGUUUCCUUUACUCAGACAUUUAGAAAGUUUGGUCCCCUUAACAACUAUUAACAAUUCCCCUUUACAUUGAAUUACUGUAGCUACUUGCACAACGUUGACCAGCAAAACAUGUCUGUAAUCUGAACUAUAUUUCCUAAUUCAAGGGUCUAUGGCAGAGAUUCUCAAUUGUGGUCCUCAAGGCACCCCAACAGUCCAGGUUUUAGGUAUAUCCAUGGCUCAGCACAGAUGGUUAAAUCAAAUUGGCUUAGGUGCUAAUUAAGUCACCUGUGGCCAAGCAUGGAUAAACUUAAAACCUGGAACGUUGGGGUAUCUUGAGGACUGUGUGAGAACCUCUGGUCUGUGAGGGUUUUUUUAAUCACAUUUGUGAGCCAUAUUCUGGGUUAAUUUUUGACUAAUUUGUCUUAUAAGGACCACAUACAUGAUCAGUGUUACAUUCACAAGCAUGUCAAGUUUAAAUAGUGCCUUUUAGCCCUUGUAUUUACGGAAAUACAAGAAAAAGGAAAUUGAACAAAAUCUCAUUUAGCUCAGCAGUUUCCCAAUCUGAAAUAAAUAUUUGAAAUAUACUAUUCCCCAGUGACAGGCAAUGGGCCUAAUUCAGACUUGAUCAUAGCGGCUGCGAUCAGUUACGCAGACAUGUAGGGGGACGCUCAGCACAGGGCUAGCCCGCCCCGCAUGUCUGGCUCUGUCCCGCCGCACAAGUACAAAAGCAUCGCACAGCGGCGAUGCUUUUGUACUUGACGAGUAGCUCCCAGCAGCGCAGUUCCUGCAGCAGGGAUCUACUCGUCGCUGUUUGGGUUGCAGCAGCUGCGUGUGAUGUCACGCAGCCUCCGCGGCACGGUCCGGGCACACCUGCAUUGCCUGGACCACGCCCCUAAAACGGCGUCCCUAUACGCCGCCGGCCCAUCCCCUCCCACCCAGCGACUGCCUCUGCCUGUCAAUCAGGCAUAGGCGAUCGCAGGGCUGAGAUGGCCGACGGUUGUCUGGCAUGUGCUGUUCAGACCUGAUCGGCUGCUGUGUGUAAACGCACAGCAGCGAUCAGGUCUGAAUUAGGCCACAGAUACACAGACAUACCAGCACAUGAUUAAAACUACCACCUUUCACUUACUAAGCUAGGUCGGCAGGUCCCUCGUUCAAAGAACUUGCAAUCUAUACUUGGGACACAGGUGACAUUAAUGGUUGAUGCUAUAUUUUAUCUAGGUUCCCAGACUGUUUCGGUGUUGGAGUUUAACCGAUUGGCUAAAUGUCUCUUUUUAAAUUAAUGGAAUUAUAUUUCAGUAGAAGCGCAUGAUGAGAUAAUUGCACAAGAAUUAUAAAUUAAAUAGGAAUACAAUAAAUGUAAUUUCCAAACAAUAGGUACAAUACUAUAACAAUGUGUUGAUAACCUUUUAGAUAGUUUAUUAUGAAACCACCUUGCAUUUGGGGAGUCUAUAAAAAUGCUAAAACGAUAUAUUCUGACUGAUGCUUUUAACCUUGUAGUUUGCUGACCCCUAGGAAUGGGAGGUGCAGUGUUACCAUUUUUACUGUAGUAGUAGAUUAAAUGUUGUCCUUUCUCUGGUCACUGGUGAUACCAAUAUCAAUGGAAAGUGCAGGUUAUUUUAUAGUACAUUUUGUAUCUUUAGAAUCACAGUUGCAGGAAUUAGGUAUUUACAUGACCAUUAAAUGUUGCAUAAACUUCUAGGUAGGAGCACAAAAGGAUCAUUGUAACUGUAUUAUGUCCCUCAUGCCGGCAAGAUAGUGCUGACGUGUCGGCUUCUUAGGGGAAUCCUGGGAUAUGCAGUCUAAUUGAUGUGGGAGAGCACCAGUUGGUGCACAUUUUACUCUGUAGCUGUCCUUUUAUUUGAUUUCCUUGUUCAGAAAAGAACAUUUCACACACUGUGUUAGAGAAGAAAAUCUGAAAGUCUUCUAAUAGUAGACAUUAUAGCUUUACUUUCAAUGGAAAAUAUGGACUAUAUAUGUAUGUGUUGGACUAAAUUAUCUCCUAGUCUAAUCAAAGAUCGAAGCAGAAGUGCCUCAGUUUUGUGUAAUUAUAACAAUAUUAUUAUGGCGUGAACUGUUGUCUGUCUCUUGUCUUAUGUCUGAAGGAGGAUCUGUUUUCCAUACCUUGUACACUGGAUCUGCACGUACUGCUGAUGGUUUAAAAAUCAAAGUUGGAAAUAAAUAAAAACUGUACUCCC